AUGGAAGGAGAAGCAGACUCCGCGGUACCAGAUAAUCCCUCUGAUAAUAAGAUCAAAGAGGGAAAGAAAAAGAAAAAGAAGGAACGGGUGGAAGAUGCUGACUCUCCAAUACCCAAGAAGAAGAAGAAGAAAGAUAAACAAAUUAAGGACCACAGUAAUGAAUGCGUAGACAUGAAUGGCAACGUUGAUUCAGAAGAAACUGCAAAGCCACAGAAAAAGUCAGAUUCAGAGAAAAAAAAGAAGAAAAAGAUUGCUAUAAUUGAAGAAACCAAUGGUCACUCCCUAAUGAGUAGCCCUGCUGUGACGCCAAUUGAAACACCAUCUCAUUCAAGUGACUCUCCCAGUGACAACGAGAAAGAAACUGUUGAAACGGAAACGCUAGAACAGAAAGAAGGUGCCUUUUCGAACUUCAGAAUAUCCCAGGUCACCAUAGAUAAGCUCAAAGCUCGUGGUGUUUCGUACCUGUUUGACAUUCAGGUGAAGACCUUUGAUUCAGUGUAUGAUGGCGGAGAUGUAAUUGCUCAAGCCCGGACAGGAACAGGAAAAACAUUCUCCUUUGCUCUUCCUUUGGUGGAGAAGCUCCAGAAAGAUGGAGUUGAUAAAACCCGUGGCCGUGCCCCAAAGGUUUUAGUUUUGACACCAACCAGAGAGCUUGCCAUCCAGGUUGCAAAAGACUUCAAAGACAUUGCAAAGAGACUGUCUAUUGCAUGUUUUUAUGGCGGGAGCUCAUACAACCCACAAGUCGAAGCUAUUCGAAACGGUAUUGACAUUUUGGUUGGGACGCCAGGGCGCAUCAAAGAUCAUAUUCAGAACAAUAAACUUGACCUGUCAAAACUCAAACAUGCUGUCCUUGACGAAGUUGACCAAAUGUUGGACAUGGGAUUUACAGAACAAGUUGAAGAGAUACUGGCUUCUUCUUAUAAAAAAGAUUCCGACUCCAAUCCACAGACACUGCUGUUCUCAGCCACUUGCCCUCCAUGGGUUUAUGACGUUGCAAAGAAAUACAUGAGGCCUGACUGUAAACAUGUCGAUUUGAUUGGCAAGAAAAUGCAGAAGGCUGCAACAACAGUUGAACAUUUGGCUAUUGCUUGUCAUUGGUCACAACGAGCUGCUGUGAUAGGAGAUGUCAUCCAAGUUUACAGCGGCAGACACGGGAAAACUAUUAUCUUCUGUGAGACAAAGAAGGAGGCCACUGAGCUUGCAAUGAAUACAUCGAUCAAACAGAGUUCUCAAUCUCUCCAUGGAGACAUUCCGCAAAAACAAAGGGAGACAACACUGAAAGGAUUCAGGAAUGGGUCUUUUGAAGUUCUUGUUGCGACAAAUGUUGCAUCACGAGGUUUAGAUAUUCCUGAAGUGGAUCUUGUUGUUCAGUGUUCUCCUCCUAAGGAUGUGGAGUCUUAUAUUCAUCGCUCUGGCCGUACAGGCAGGGCUGGCCGAACUGGAGUGUGCAUUUGUUUUUACCAGAGAAGAGAAGAGGACCAAUUGCGCUAUGUAGAAAACAAAGCUUGCAUCACAUUUAGACGUGUAGGUGUUCCAACUGCUAACGAAAUUAUCAAGUCUUCCAGUAAGGAUGCAGUCAAAUUUUUAGAUUCAGUACCUGUUGCUGCAAUUGGUUAUUUCAGAGAAUCGGCUGAAAAGCUGAUUGAAGAAAAAGGAGCCGUUGAAGCACUAGCAGCAGCAUUAGCCCAUAUUUCUGGAGCUACGAGUUUAGAGCAGCGUUCACUGCUCAACUCUGAUGCUGGAUUCACAACUAUGCAGAUGGUCUGUUCACAAGAAAUGCACAAUCUUGGUUACGCAUGGAGGAGCAUUAAAGAACAACUUGGAGAGGAGUUUGAGAAUCAGAUCCAAAGAAUGACAUUCCUUAAAGGAAAAAUGGGAGUUUGUUUUGACGUACCAGCAGACAAAGUCAAGCAUAUUCAGGAGUCUUGGACGGACGGUCGACGCUGGCAAUUGACCGUAGCAACAGAGCUCCCUGAACUGGAGGAGAAGCAGGGCAAUCGUGGUGACAGGGGCUUCGGCGGCGGCAACCGCGGUGAUAGAGGCGGUGGGUUCAGAGGAGGAAGAGGCAGAAACUUCAGGAGCGGCAGCUUUCGGAACGGUGGCGGCGGUGGCGGCGGCGGUGGUGGUGGAGGCGGCAACAAUUGGGGAGGACAAAAGCGAAGCUUUAGCCAAGCCUUUAAUUACUGA